AUGUCUCGCGGUAUCGUCAGCUUGCAGGCGGGACAAUGCGGCAACCAAAUGGGCGCCGCCUUCUGGCAGACCAUCUCCGAAGAGCACGGCAUCGAUAGCAGCGGCAGUUAUGCUGGUGAAUCCGACUUCCAACGCGAGCGCCUCGGCGUGUACUACUCCGAAGGCUCCGAGGGUCGUUUCGUCCCUCGCGCUGUUAUGCUCGAUUUAGAGCCCGCUGUGCUUGACCACAUCAAGGCCUCCCGUCUUGGAGGCAUCUUCCACCCCGACAACUUCGUCUUUGGACAAUCAGGCGCAGGAAACAAUUGGGCAAAGGGUCAUUACACAGAGGGAGCAGAGCUUAUCGACACUGUGCUUGAUGUCGUGAGAAAGGAGGCCGAGAGUUGUGACGUGCUUCAGGGCUUCCAGGUUUCCCACUCUCUCGGUGGUGGAACCGGAUCGGGUAUGGGGACUCUGCUUGUGUCAAAGAUUCGUGAAGAAUAUCCCGAUCGUAUGCUUUGCACAUAUUCAGUCAUGCCCUCGCCAAAGGUCUCAGACACCGUUGUCGAACCGUACAACUGCACACUGUCCAUCCACCAGCUCAUCGAGAACGCCGAUGCCGUCUUCUCCAUUGACAACGAGGCCUUGUACAACAUUUGCACUAAGACCCUCAAGUCGCCUAAUCCUUCCUACCCCGAGCUCAACCAUCUGGUGUCUCGUGUUAUGUCCGGUAUUACUUGCUCACUCAGAUUCCCGGGUCAGCUGAACGCCGAUCUUCGCAAGCUUGCUGUCAACUUGGUUCCGUUUCCACGUCUCCAUUUCUUCGUUGUGGGAUAUGCACCGCUUUCCGGCAACGGAAGUGAGAAGUACAAGUCCAUGAGUGUCCCAGAGCUUACUACUCAGCUCUUCGAGCCACACAACAUGAUGGCUGAUUGUGAUCCGCGCAAUGGUCGCUAUCUCACAGCUGCCGCCUACUUCCGGGGCACAGUUUCCACCAAGGAGGUUGAGGACGAGAUGAGGAAGAUUCAGGAUAAGAACUCAAGCCAGUUUGUUGAGUGGAUCCCCAACAAUGCCAAGACCAGCGUUUGCGACGUGGCUCCUCCUGGCAUGAAGGUUGCCGCCACCUUUAUCGGUAACUCUACGACCAUUCAGGAUCUGUUCGAGCGCGUCGGCGGCCAGUUUUCAUCUAUGUUCAGGCGCAAGGCUUUCUUGCAUUGGUACACUGGUGAGGGUAUGGAUGAGAUGGAGUUCUCUGAGGCUGAAGCAAAUCUGCAAGAUUUGAUCUCCGAGUACACUCAGUACCAAGAAGCAACUGCGGAUGACGUCGAGUACGCCGAGGGAGGUGAGGAGUACGCCGAAGAGGAAGUUGAGGGAGAGGAAGGCGAGGAGCAGUAGAUCGCCAGUUUUAUUCGCAAGCGCUAGCUUCGUUCAUUCUGUGUAGUACCUGUCAAUGUAGUGAACGUCCCGUGGCGUACAUUGCUCUCACAAUCUUGUUGAUCAAACUGAUAAAGAGACUUUGUUCUCGCCAGUUACCUACUUAGUUCCGAGAAGAAAAAGCAGGGAAGUACAAGAGGGAAUUCGUUUUCGUCAACCAUUAGACUAAAUAUGAUGCAUUUUGCUUUCGUCUCUU